CGGUGUCACUGAGCAUGCUCCGUAGUGUCUGAUGUUAAAAACUUGACGGCUAGCAGAGAAAGGGGCUCCAGCUAGGCCGGUUUGGUUUUCGUCGCUGGGCUUCCAGGAUUCCUGCCCGCCAUGGGGAAGAGGGAUAACCGGGUGGCAUAUAUGAAUCCUAUAGCAAUGGCUAGAUCACGAGGUCCUGCUCCGUCUUCAGGACCUACGAUACAAGAUUACUUGAACAGACCAAGACCAACAUGGGAAGAAGUAAAAGAACAACUAGAAAAGAAGAAGAAAGGUUCGAAGGCCUUAGCAGAAUUUGAAGAAAGAAUGAAUGAGAACUGGAAAAAAGAACUGGAAAAACAUAGAGAGAAAUUGUUAAGUGGAAAUGAGAGCACUUCAAGAAAGAAAGAGAAGAAGAAAAAAGAGAAGAAGAAAUCCAGUAGGUUGUCUCCAUCUUCCUCUUCCUCAUCAAGCUCUGAUUCUUCCAGCAGUUCAUCUGAUAUUGAAGAUGAGGAUAAGAAACAAGGAAAAAAGAGAAAGAAAAAAAAAUAUCACAUCUUACAGAAGUCAUCUGAAAGUUCUAGUUCAGACUCUGAUUCAGAUAGCAAGGAUAGUUUAAGAACUAAACGGACAAAGGAAGAUUAUGAAAGAGAUAAGGAUUCCAAAAGUUUUGUUAGGAAAAGAAUAAAAGCUGAUCAUAUGGAAGAAUUAUUGCCAUCAGACUCUUCAUUGGAAUCGAUUGAAACAGAGGAGGUACAAUCAAAAAAGAAGAAAAAUAGUGAAGAAAAAGAGAAAAAUGAUAAAACAAAAAAGCGAAAGAAACACAAGAAGCACAGCAAAAAGAAGAAAAAGAAAACCGCAAGCUCAAGCUCUCAUCCAAAAUACUUAAGUCAAGUUUUUCUUUCAUCAAAAGUGCAAUGAGACUAUAGAGACUAUAGAGAAUUGCAAAUUGUGAAAAUUAUGAUAAAAUCUGCCAACUGCAUGAGCUCUCCUAUGUGUUAACAAAUCUAGACAUUCAGCUUGCCCAGUACCUUUGGGCUGGAAAUAGCCAUUGUUGUUGCCUGAUGCUUAAUAUACAUAUAGUACCCCUCUCUAGCACUCCAGUAGCUAAUAGGACGUUUUGGAAAGAAACCCUUCUCAUGGUUUACAUGAUUGAGCAGUAGAGUAAAACUGGAUGGAUGUCAAAAGGUUUUGCCUACUUUAUUCAGGGAUAUGUGCAUGUGAUCUGAUAUGCAGAUGUCAAUCAGCUUCAUUGUUGUAAUGAAUGAGGCAACUCCCUGAGGACAAAGAUGCAUCAGGAGGCCUGUAUCUAUAAACCAAAGUUGAAUUUGGGUGUUUUAUUUUAACAGACUAGUAAUGAAACUUAGUUUUCUAUUACAAAGACAUUUGCAAAAUUCCUCUACAGAAUUGAAUGUCAUUUAGCAACUCCUGUGACAUUUCAUUUUUACUGAUACCAUUUUUGGAAUAGGAACGUAGCAUUAAUAUAUAUAAAUGUUACUUUUUUAGAUUAUUAUUACACAUUUAGAUAUGUGUAAUAUAAUUUUGUUCUUGUGUUUUUUGGUUGAAGUUGUUAAUUAGAGCUCAUAGUUUGAUUUGACAAAUGAAUACAGUUUUGCUAAUAUUGUUUCAGUACUCUCCAUGAUUUAAAUUGCAAUCUUUUUCUUUAAGAAUUUAAGGGAAAAUCCACUAUGAAUUUUCUGAGCAUGCCCCAUUAAAGUCCAUGGAAGUGUGGAAGACUAGCUAAGCCAAUAAUUAUAAUUGAGCUGAUUAUGAUAGGCUGCUAUUGUUUAAUUUAUGUGUAAUAAACUUUCAUCUUUCAUCCAGGAUGAUGUAAUUCUAA